CGGUUUUUUUUUUCGUCCACAUUUAAUGCUCCAUGCAUGUGUCCAAACAUUUGAUGUGACGGAAAAGUUGGAAGUUUGAAUCUAAACAAGGCCUUUGGUUCAAAUGUGAAACUUCAGGAAGAAAUUGAGACCCGUGCAUUCCCCAAAGGUGCUUCUCCAUUACAGCACAUGGUCAACAACAUUACUUGCUGUAGGAAAUGACCUUAUCAUCAUGCACACUGGUGGUCCUAUUCAUAUAUCUAGUCUCUUUCGCAGUUCCCCUAAUUUUUGGACUGAAGUUAUAGCCUUGUAAUGAUGUGAUGAAAAAUGAGAUUGCGCUGUCACAUCAAGGAUACCCAGUACCUAACUAUGUAAUCCACAUAGCUCAUAUGGUUGCUUAUUUGGCACUCCUCUUGUUACUUUCGGAGCAUGUUGAAAGUUUCACAGGAAUAUUGGGGCAUCCAAGUAGUUUCUGAAAGCAACAUGGAGACCAGAAGCAUCUAUAUUAGAACUUGAUCACUUCUCUUCAGCCUGCUCUGGGUUGCUGAAAGAAGUUCUUGUUUCUUAGAGAACUUUGAAUUUUCUGAAGAUAACAGUAAAGAAAGGGCUCCUUUCGCAAUCUUCACAUAAGGGGAGGGUUCAGUAACAAGUUGAGAUAUGGGAAACUGCGCCAGCUUUACUCCAAAAUGGGGAUUAAGUGAUCUUCACUGUAAGGGUAUGGUUCCAAUUGAUGAGGAUGAAACUCACGAAGGCAUAAAGACAAUUAGGAUUCAGAAAGCCUGUGAAUUCACCACCAGUUCAGUUCUUUGCGUCUGCAUUAUCACCUGGAACAUGAACGGCAAGAUGUCUGUGGAGGAUGUAACAAAGUUAGUGAGCUCCAACAGGAAGUUUGAUUUGCUAGUUUUCGGGUUGCAAGAGGUACCAAAAUGUGAUGUUGCACAGGUUCUGCAAGAAACCAUGGCUGAGACACACAUUCUAUUAUGCCAGAAAACCAUGCAGUCUCUUCAGAUGUUUCUUUUUGGAGCAAAGAGUUCAGAGAAAUACAUCAGAGAGUUGAAGGUGGACAAACAUGCAGUUGGAGGUUGUGGAGGUAUAAUUGGAAGAAAGAAAGGAGCUGUAGCCAUGUACAUCAAUUUCAGUGGGAUCCGUAUGGUUUUUGUAUCCUGCCAUCUUGCAGCUCAUGAAAAUAAGGUGGAGAAGAGGAACUCAGAAUGCCAGCACAUUUCACACUCACUGUUCUCCAAGAAUGAUAUACAGUAUACUAAAUCUGCAGACAUAACGGUGUGGCUUGGUGACUUGAAUUACAGACUACAGGGAAUAAGCUCAAUACCAGCAAGGAAGUUGAUUGAAGAGAAUCGUCAAAGUAAGCUAAGAGGCAAAGACCAGCUUCUGCAAGAAGCUGAAAAGGGUGAAGUAUUCAAUGGGUACUGCGAAGGGACCUUGUUGUUUAAGCCAACGUACAAGUAUAACAUAGGGAGUAGCAACUACGAUACAAGUUAUAAGAUCAGAGUUCCUUCUUGGACAGAUAGGAUAUUAUUCAAGGUUGACCACACUUCUGGCUUGGAUGCGGUCUUAAACUCAUACGAAGCACUUGAUUGCAUUAGGAGUUCUGAUCACAAGCCUGUGAGAGCCCAUCUUUGUCUGAAAGUACAUGGUGACAGUGCAUAGAUAGACAUUUCCAGAUUAAAAAAAAGGAGAAAUAUAAUUUAAAAUGAUUAAUUUGUACAAUUGUGUAUAACCCGGUGAUGAUAAUAAAGUAUGGUGGUGUAUCUGACUA